AUGGGUCUGCCAGCACCCACCUUUCUGGUGGAUGUUUGUUGGAAAAAUCAAUGUAAGAUCCUAAGGAUUCUAAACAUUCAAGAUGGCAGAGAUGCACCUGAACCAGGAUCACAGAACAAUGACAUGAAAAGACAAUUUCUAUUGGAGCGACUGCUGGAUGCAGUGAAACAGUGCCAGAUCCGCUUUGGAGGGAGGAAGGAGAUUGCCUCGGAUUCCGACAGCAGGGUGACCUGUCUGUGUGCCCAGUUUGAGGCCGUCCUGCAGCAUGGCUUGAAGAGAAGCCGAGGACUAGCGUUAACAGCGGCCGCAAUCAAACAGGCAGCGGGCUUCUCCAGCAAAACCGAAACAGAGCCGGUGUUCUGGUUCUACGUGAAGGAGGUCCUCAACAAGCACGAGCUGCAGCGCUUCUGCUCCCUGCGCCACAUCGCCUCCGACGUGGGCCGCGGCCGGGCCUGGCUGCGCUGCGCCCUCAACGAGCACUCGCUGGAGCGCUACCUGCACAUGCUCCUGGCUGACCGCAGCAGGCUCAGCACUUUUUAUGAAGACUGGUCUUUUGUGAUGGAUGAAGAAAAGUCUAGCAUGCUUCCUACCAUGGCAGCUGGUCUGAACUCCAUACUCUUCGCAAUCAACAUCGACAACAAGGAUUUAAACGGGCAGAGUAAGUUUGCUCCUACCGUCUCGGACCUCUUAAAGGAGUCAACGCAGAACAUGACCUCCUUGUUGAAGGAGUCCACGCAAGGAGUGAGCAGCCUUUUCCGGGAGAUCACAGCAUCCUCUGCUGUCUCCAUCCUCAUCAAACCUGAGCAGGAGACCGACCCCCUGCCCGUCGUGUCCAAGAACCUCAGUGGCGAUGCCAAAUGUAAAAAGGAAAGGAAGAAGAAGAAGAAAGUGACCAACAUUAUUUCAUUUGAUGAUGAGGAAGACGAGCAGAACUCUGGCGAUGUUUUUAGAAAGAUACCAGGGGCUGGGGAGAGCUCGGAGGAGAAUUCGGACCGCUCCUCCCUCAAUAUCGUGUCGGCCUUCGAAAGCCCCUUUGGGCCGAAUUCCAAUGGGAGUCAGAGCAGCAACUCAUGGAAAAUCGAUUCUCUUUCUUCAAAUGGGGAGUUUGGGUACCAGAAGAUCGAUGUGAAAAGCAUCGAUGAUGAAGACGUGGAUGAAAACGGGGACGAUGUCUACAGGAACACGUCAGGAAGGAAGCACAUAGGCCACUUGGAGUCACCAGAGAAGCCACUGGACGGGGACACCUGCCUCUCCCAGAGGCACAGCUGGGCUCCGCUGCAGGUGCUACACGGUGACACUGACGUCCUCUUUCUGGUCAGCGGAGUGGGAUCCUACAGCCCUGCAGAUGCCCCUCUCGGAAGCUUAGAGAACGGGACGGGGGCCGAGGACCGUGUUCGCCUGGAGCCCGGGCCUCGGUACAGCGUGGAAGCCAGUCCUCCAGGCCAAGGAAGUCCUCUGAGCAGCCUGUUACCUUCUGCCUCGGUGCCAGAAUCGAUGACAAUUAAUGAACUGCGACAAGCCAUCGUGGCCAUGAUGAAUAGGAAAGAGGAGCUGGAGGAAGAGAACAGGUCACUGCGGAACCUGCUGGAUGGGGAGAUGGAGCACUCGGCUGCCCUCCGGCAAGAGGUGGACGCCUUGAAAAGGAAGCUGGCUGAGCAGGAGGAGCGGCACGUCAUGAAGAUCCAGGCCUUGGCAAGGGAAAAUGAGGUUCUCAAAGUCCAGCUGAAGAAAUAUGUAGGAGCUGUCCAGAUGCUGAAAAGAGAAGGCCAAACUGCUGAAGUUGUACCAAAUCUUUGGAAUGUCGAUGGAGAAGUUACCGUCACUGAGCAGAAGCCAGGGGAAGUCGCUGAGGAACUAGCAAGCUCCUAUGAAAGGAAGCUCAUCGAGGUGGCGGAGAUGCAUGGUGAGCUGAUCGAGUUCAACGAGCGCCUGCACAGGGCCCUGGUGGCCAAGGAAGCCCUCGUGUCCCAGAUGAGGCAGGAGCUUAUCGACCUCCGGGGGCCGGUGCCUGGAGACUUGAGUCAAACAUCUGAAGAUCAGAGUUUGUCGGAUUUUGAAAUAUCGAACCGGGCGCUGAUCAACGUCUGGAUCCCAUCCGUGUUUCUCCGGGGCAAAGCCACAAAUGCAUUCCACGUGUAUCAGGUCUACAUCCGGAUAAAAGAUGAUGAGUGGAACGUCUACCGGCGGUACACAGAGUUCAGGGGUUUGCACCACAAGCUACAGAGCAAAUACCCUCAAGUGAGAGCCUACAACUUCCCGCCCAAAAAGGCCAUCGGAAACAAGGAUGCCAAGUUCGUGGAGGAACGAAGGAAGCAGCUCCAGGACUACCUGCGCAACGUCAUGAACAAGGUCAUCCAGAUGGUCCCCGAGUUUGCCGCCAGCCCCAAGAAAGAGACCCUCGUCCAGCUGAUGCCCUUCUUCGUUGACAUCACCCCUCCCGGAGAGCCGCUGAACAAGAACAGCCGGCCCAAAGGGCCUUCCCGCUUCCCCAAGCUUUCCCGCGGUCACCCCCGGGAGACGACGCGCAACAUGGAGCCCCAGAGCGGCGACCUCUGACCUCGACGGAAUCCCAGAUUCGGACCCUACGUGCCACACCAGCUGCCUCCGCCCCAGCCACUCUGCAUCCAAUCUGGCCACGGCAGCUGGCCCUUUACACCGUGGAGCGACGACCACAUCCUCCUGGUGAACCCGGAGAGCACACCGUCCCUGCUGGUCACGUGACAUCUGAUUAAACUGGUCAGAGCGCGAGGCAGCUCCUAGAUGACACAUGGACACAGGGGCCCUACUCUCCCAGGGUCCGCCCUGAGCGGCAGGGCCGCCCAUGCCCCGUUCCGCUAGCCGGCGGCCAGUGGGAGGGUGGGCACCCGGCCGGGCUUGGAGCCCCAGCGGGAUGCACAACUUCCGUGUUUCUUUGGGUCAGAAAGUUCAGUGGGA